UACGGAGGCACCGCCCCAUCCCUCCCCCUAAGCCCCGCCUCCAGAAGUCUUUCCGCCUCUCCCAGAGCUCUGCGCUCCUUCUCCUGAAGGAGGAGCUGAAAACCCGGAAAAAGGAUCGGGAAACGCCAGCGAACAUUCUGCGCUUGCGCAUGGGGGGGCCGGAAACUGAAACCGGAGCGACUACGCUUCCGUUUCUGGUUUUUCUUCCAGUGUUUGGGUCUCUUCGCCGCCGGCCAAGAUGAACCGAUUCUUUGGAAAAGCGAAACCCAAGGCUCCGCCGCCAAACCUGACUGACUGCAUUGGGACGGUGGAUAGCAGGGCAGAAUCCAUUGACAAAAAGAUUUCCCGGUUGGAUGCUGAGCUAGUGAAAUAUAAGGAUCAAAUCAAGAAGAUGAGAGAGGGUCCUGCCAAGAACAUGGUCAAACAGAAAGCCCUGAGGGUUUUAAAGCAAAAGCGGAUGUAUGAGCAGCAGCGAGACAACCUUGCCCAGCAGUCCUUUAACAUGGAGCAGGCUAAUUACACCAUUCAGUCACUGAAGGACACCAAGACCACGGUUGAUGCCAUGAAAGUGGGAGUAAAGGAAAUGAAGAAGGCUUACAAACACGUGAAAAUCGACCAGAUUGAGGAUUUACAAGACCAGCUGGAAGCUAUGAUGGAAGAUGCAGGCGAAAUCCAGGAAGCACUGGGUCGCAGCUACGGCACCCCGGAGUUAGAUGAAGACGACCUGGAAGCAGAGUUGGAUGCGCUGGGCGAUGAGCUUCUAGCUGAUGAAGAUAGUUCCUACUUAGACGAAGCGGCAUCUGCACCUGCGAUUCCAGAAGGUGUUCCCACUGACACAAAAAACAAGGUAUUGUCCUCCCGUAAGUUGUGUGCUUAGGUUACUGCCUGUAGU